UCGCUCUAUGCAGCGCUGACAUACUCAGAAGUCGACUGGAGUAGCGCGACCCCCGGGACUUAUCUGUGUAAAGUGAGAGCAAGGAAUAAACUGGGACUGGAGGGCAGUGCUGUCUGGAGGAACUUUCCUCUUACUCCGGUUCGGUGCCUCCAGGAGAGCCGCUGAGGUUUUUGGAGUGAAUGAUAUACCGGUGGGACAUGUGAGUUUGGAGAGGAUUUGAGGUUUCAUCACUAUGAGGAUGUGUCCAGCUGGGAGACUUGUGUGCCCGGGAUGGCUGAGUGUGCUGUGGGCAUUGGGCACCCUACAAGCAGCUUGUGGCCAGUCAGUGUGUGCCGGCACAGAAAACAAGCUGAGUUCUUUGUCAGAUUUGGAGCAGCAGUACAAAGCUUUACGCAAGUAUUAUGAAAACUGUGAAGUGGUGAUGGGAAACUUGGAGAUCACCAGCAUCGAGCAUGGACGCAAUCUCAGCUUUCUCCGGUCAAUUCGAGAAGUCACUGGCUAUGUCCUUGUGGCCCUAAAUCAAUUUGACUCCCUUCCACUUGAGAAUCUCCGCAUAAUCCGUGGAAUUCAACUGUACGAGGACCGCUAUGCCCUGGCAAUCUUCCUGAACUACCGCAAAGAUGGGAAUUAUGGACUGAGAGAACUUGGUCUAAGGAACUUGACAGAGAUUCUGAAUGGAGGAGUGUAUCUUGGACAGAAUAAGUUCCUUUGCUAUGCUGACACUAUCCACUGGCAAGACAUUGUACGCACUCCAAAUGCUACAUUAGUCCCAAUGACCAGCAAUGCAGAAUGUGGGAGGUGCCCUAAAUCAUGUAUGGGACGCUGCUGGGGACCAUCAAAUCAGCAUUGCCAGAGAUUGACGAAGACUGUGUGCGCGGAACAAUGUGAUGGCCGAUGCUAUGGUUCUUUUGUUAGUGAUUGCUGUCACCGAGAAUGUGCUGGAGGCUGUACAGGACCAAAAGACACUGACUGCUUUUCCUGUAUGAAAUUUAACGACAGCGGUUCGUGUGUCACCCAGUGUCCUCAGCCAAAUAUUUACAAUCCGACUGCCUUCCAGCUGGAGCAAAACCCAAAGGCCAAGUAUACUUAUGGAGCUUUCUGUGUCAACAAGUGCCCACAUAACUUUGUUGUGGACGACAGCUCCUGUGUAAGAGCCUGCCCAAGCAACAAGAUGGAAGUGGAAGAAAAUGGAAUCAAGAUGUGUAAACCUUGUGCAGGCAUCUGUCCAAAAGUGUGUGACGGGAUUGGGACUGGGUCCUUACAGUCAGCACAGACGGUGGAUUCCAGUAACAUAGACAAAUUCAUAAACUGCACGAAGAUCAAUGGGAAUCUGCAUUUCCUGGUCACAGGCAUUGAUGGGGAUCCCUAUCACAACAUAGCUGCUCUAGAUCCUCAGAAGCUACACAUCUUCCACACAGUUCGAGAGAUCACAGGUUUCCUAAACAUACAGUCUUGGCCCAAAAAUAUGACGGACCUCAGUGUCUUUUCCAACCUGGUGAAUAUAGGUGGCAGAGUGCUCUACAGUGGGAUUUCCCUGCUGAUCCUAAAGCAGCAGAGUCUCAACUCCCUGCAGUUUCAGUCUCUCAAAGAGAUAAGUGCUGGGAAUAUAUAUAUCACCGAUAAUCCUAACCUGUGCUAUUACCAUACAGUCAACUGGACAUCACUCUUCCGGACAUCCAACCAGAGAACCACUAUCCGAGAGAAUAAGAAACCAGAAAACUGCACUGCUGAAGGAAUGGUUUGUGACCCUCUCUGCUCCAAUGCUGGGUGCUGGGGCCCCAGAGCCAAUCAGUGUCUGUCUUGUCGAUAUUUCAGCCGGGGGAAGUCAUGUGUCAGAUCAUGUAACCUUUAUAAAGGAGAGUCCCGUGAAUUUGCCAAUGGCUCUGUCUGUGUAAAAUGUGACCCCCAAUGUGAGAAGAUGGAGGACAGCAUGGCCACCUGCUAUGGAGUGGGCCCAGAUCACUGCACAAAAUGCUCCAAUUUUAAAGACGGGCCUAACUGCGUAGAGAAAUGCCCAGAAGGUCUACAAGCGGCAAACAGCUUCAUCUUUAAGUACGCAGAUGAGGACAAAGAAUGCCGUCCCUGCCACCCUAACUGUACAGACGGGUGUAGAGGACCACGUUUGAAGGACUGCAUUGGAAUCAUAGAUAGGACUCCACUCAUCGCAGCCAGUGUAAUUGGAGGGCUCUUCGUAAUAGUUAUCAUGGCAUUGACCUUUUCCGUGUACAUUCGGAGGAAAAGCAUAAAAAAGAAGAGAGCUCUGCGCAGAUUCCUUGAAACUGAGUUGGUAGAACCACUGACACCAAGUGGCACAGCCCCAAAUCAAGCCCAGCUGAGGAUUCUCAAGGAAACAGAACUGAAAAGGAUAAAAAUUCUUGGAUCUGGUGCUUUUGGAACUGUCUACAAGGGCAUCUGGGUUCCUGAAGGGGAAACUGUGAAGAUCCCUGUGGCAAUUAAAAUACUAAAUGAGACAACUGGACCUAAAGCAAAUGCAGAAUUUAUGGAUGAGGCUUUGAUUAUGGCCAGCAUGGACCAUCCACACCUGGUUCGACUUCUAGGAGUCUCUUUAAGUCCCACAAUUCAGCUUGUUACGCAGCUAAUGCCUCAUGGAUGCCUGUUGGACUAUGUGGAUGAACAUCAGGAUAACAUUGGUUCACAACUCCUUCUUAAUUGGUGUGUCCAGAUUGCAAAGGGCAUGAUGUAUCUGGAAGAAAGGCGCCUUGUUCACAGAGAUCUGGCAGCUCGGAAUGUUCUGGUCAAGUCUCCCAACCAUGUAAAGAUCACUGACUUUGGACUGGCCAGACUUCUGGAAGGAGAUGAGAAAGAAUAUAAUGCAGAUGGUGGCAAGAUGCCAAUUAAAUGGAUGGCCCUAGAGUGUAUUCAUUACAGGAAGUUCACCCAUCAGAGUGAUGUCUGGAGUUAUGGGGUCACUCUCUGGGAGCUAAUGACAUUUGGUGGAAAACCCUAUGAUGGUAUCCCAACGCGGGAAAUCCCUGACUUGCUGGAGAAAGGAGAAAGACUUCCUCAGCCACCUGUAUGCACAAUUGAUGUCUACAUGGUUAUGGUGAAAUGCUGGAUGAUUGACGCAGAUAGUCGCCCUAAGUUUAAAGAACUAGCUGCUGAAUUUUCCAGGAUGGCAAGAGACCCUCAGAGAUACCUUGUCAUACAGGGAGAUGAUCGUAUGAAACUCCCCAGCCCCAAUGACAGCAAGUUCUUCCAGAACCUUUUGGGUGAAGAAGACCUUGGAGACAUGAUGGAUGCAGAGGAAUAUCUAGUGCCACAGGCCUUCAACAUCCCACCUCCCAUCUACACAUCCCGGACGAGAAUUGACUCCAAUAGAAGUGAAAUUGGACACAGCCCUCCUCCUGCCUACACCCCAAUGUCAGGAAACCAAUUUGUUUAUAGAGAUGGAGGCUACAUCACUCAAGAAGCAGUGAAUCUUCCCUUCAGACCCACUGCCUGCCCCAUAACAGAAGUCUCAACGGCACAGGGGGCUACAGCUGAAAUAUUUGAUGACGUUUGUUGCAAUGGCACACUUCGCAAACAGGUAUCAGAGAGAAUACCGGAGGAGAGCAGCCUGCAGAGAUAUAGUACUGACCCCACCGCAUUUGUGCCAGAACGCAACCCCAGAGGGGUCAUUGGGGAAGAUGGCUACAUGUCUCCCAUGAAGGAAAAGCCGAAGACUGAUUAUUUAAACCCGGUUGAAGAAAAUCCCUUUGUGUCUCGAAGGAAAAAUGGGGAUGUCCAAGCUGUGGAGAAACCAGAGUUUAAUAAUGGGACCAGCACACACUCCAAGUCAGAAGAUGAAUAUGUCAAAGAGCGUUUGUAUUUGAACUCUUUUACGAAACCCAUGGAAAAUGCAGAGUACCUGAAAAAUAAUGGACUUACUGUGCCAGAGAAAUCCAAGAAGGCAUUUGAUAAUCCAGAAUACUGGAAUCACAGUCUGCCACCAAGGAGCGCCAUCCAUCAUCCCGAUUACCUGCAUGAAUACAGCACAAAAUACUUUUAUAAGCAAAAUGGACACAUCAGACCAGUAAUAUCAGAAAAUCCAGAAUACCUGACAGAAUUUGCUCUGAAACCAGGCACUGUUAUGCCCCCUCCCCCCUAUAGGCACCGGAACACUGUUGUGUAG